GAACUUUCGAACUGCAAGUAAUAACACCACCGGCCAGACAAUCAUCAAACGUACCAAAUUCUUCUUAAAUCGUUACCCCGAGUCCGAGGCUGAUCUCCAGAGGCCUGUUCGACACCUGAAUCGUAGCCAAAUAUCAAUCGCAGCCCGAUCAUGGCCGCUCGAGCUCCCGCAGGCCGACCAGGCGCAGGCGGCAGGUUUGCCCAAUUCAAGCUCGUCCUUCUCGGUGAAUCGGCAGUAGGAAAGAGCUCUUUAGUCCUCCGUUUUGUCAAAGAUCAAUUCGACGACUACCGCGAAUCUACCAUCGGGGCCGCAUUCCUCACUCAGACGAUAUCAUUAGACGAGAACACGACGGUCAAAUUCGAGAUAUGGGAUACCGCGGGUCAAGAGCGAUACAAGUCCCUCGCUCCGAUGUACUACAGGAAUGCGAACUGCGCAGUGGUUGUUUACGAUAUCACCCAGGCGUCAUCCCUAGAUAAGGCCAAGUCGUGGGUCAAGGAACUCCAAAGACAGGCCAACGAAAACAUCAUCAUCGCCCUUGCCGGCAACAAACUCGACAUCGUCGAAGAGUACCCCGACAAGCGGGCCAUUCAGACCGCCGACGCAGAAGCAUAUGCCAAAGAAGCCGGCCUGCUCUUUUUUGAAACAUCCGCAAAGACGUCGACGAACGUCAAGGAAUUAUUCACCGCCAUUGCGAAGAAACUGCCCCUGGAUCAGGCGGGGCCCAGGAAUCUGAGGGCGACUCCCCGACCGGGUGUGGAUUUGAGACCGGAAUCGACUGGGACGCAGGGCGCAGGGAAUUGCCAGUGUUGAUUGCCGGGCAGCCGCCAAGUAGCCGUUCUCUGAGAUUGUUCAUGUCCGUCUUUCCCAAGGGUUUGAUCUAGCAGGCGCAAGACGGGAAGGUAUUGUGUGGGCGGGUUAGGGCGCGGAUGCUGGAUAGGGGAAUCUGGAAUUCGCAAAUGCUAGCCUAGUCGAUGUCAACCAUCUAACAGCACAUUCGACACCGGGGAGCUGUCAACGAUAGGACCCGAGCAGGGAAUACCGAUGAGGCCGUUGACAAAGGCGCCCGGUAAGACCUCUCCCCGGAUCGAAGACCAUCCAUCGACACCCAUCAUUGUUAUAUACUUUGCCAGGCAGUGCCACAGGCGUUUCCGAGAACAGUUAUCAGUGUCCAGGAUUGUGUGGCGUUUGUUUUAUCAAGCACAAUCCUCUAAUGCCUAGAGAUACAGUUGUUUCGCGACCCUCUCA